UGUCCACAUUCGAAUCCAUAGUAAUGUGGAUAUAGCAGUGAGCAUUCGAUCGAACGAAUGAAUUUUGAUUCGAAAUAGAAAUUCAUCAUUCGCAAUGUUAUGAUAAUAGAUAAAUAAUGCCUCGAAUUCAACCAAAAUUUAAUAAUUUUAUUCAGAAAAAAAAUUCAUCAACAUUAUUAUCAACAACAACAUUAUCAUCAACAGCAUCAUCAUUGACUGUAAAUGAUAAUCAUAAUAAUCAUAUAAACAAUAAUAAUAAUAAUAAUAAUAAUCGUAAAGUACAAUUUGAUUCGGCAACGAUUGCCUAUCAGGUUAAAUAUUCAAAACAUCCGGGUGAUGAUUUGGAAAAAAAUUCUAAACAAACAAAAAAAGAAUCGAAAAUGAAAAUGUAUCCACGUAAUCGUAUCGAUAUGAUACGUUGGUUUUUAAUACAACAGAUAACCAUUAAACAAUGGUUACAAUUUAUAACAUUUAUAUUGUUAAUGAUACAAUGUUUUUGGCAAUGUUUUCGUUUGUAUAAAAUUUAUAAAAAAGAAUAUAAACAAACAUCAAUUUCGUAUGAACUACCUGAACAAAUUGAAUUUCCUGCAUUGACCAUUUGUAUACCGAUUAUAAUACCAUUUAAUAGUAGAUGUUUUGAUGAUACGAAUUCAAUUAUCAGUGGUAAUAAUGGUACCAAUGAUGAUAAACAAAAUCGUAUAGAAUGUUUACAAACACCAUUAACAAUGUUAUUCAAUCAAUCAAUGUCAACAUUUGGUCAUCAAUGUAAAAUAAAAACAAAUCGUUCAUCACCAUCAAUGAUAUAUUGUGCCAAUAUUUCACCAAUAAUUGAAAAUUAUUAUCAAAAUUAUCGUUGUUAUACAUAUCUAAGUGAAAUUACAUUAUUUCGUUCAAAUAAUGAUCAAUUAAUGAUACCAAUUUUGGAACAUAAUGAUUUCUAUGUACAGAUAUUAAUUCAAUCAAAUCAAUUUGAUGAAAUACCUAUAGAUUCAUUGAAAGAAUUUUUAACAAUAUCUAUGGGUCGUAUUUAUAAUAUAAAUUUUAAUCUUCCCAUCGAUUGUAAUCAUCAAUGUCCAAAAGAUUGUCAAAAAACGGAUGUUGAAUUGGAAGUAAAAGAAAUCGAAAAUGAAGAUCAAGGUGAAACAAUGAUUACGAUUCGACGUUCUAUACGGCCAGAUAAAUUAUUGAUUCAAAUACCAUCGAUUUCAUCGGUUCAAUAUAUUGGUUAUAUUGGUGGCCUAUUAGCAUUUCAUUUAGCCAUUUGGUGGUUAAUUUGUAAAUUUUUCGAACUAAUCGAAUUCAUUUGGGAAGUUUAUCAAUUAAAUUGUGUGUAA